AUCGCAACCAUUUCAAAACUUCCUUUCCCUCCACCAGUUACAUCACUAGCUAGACUAGACGCACACACCUCCGAGGGAGACAAUCAAGGACCCUGCUGCCAUGGCGUCCAACUCGACCAAGCUGGGCUCUUCGUCGUCGUCCGAGUGGACGCGGGGGGAGGACAAGAUGUUCGAGCGCGCCCUGGCGGUGUACGACACGGACACCCCGGACCGGUGGCACAACGUGGCGCGCUACAUGGGCGGCACCAAGUCCGUCGAGGAGGUGCGCCGCCACUACCAGCUGCUCGUCCGCGACGUCGCGCAGAUCGAGUCCGGCAGGGUGCCGUUCCACUGGUACGCCGCCGCGCCGCCGCCGCGGACGCUGCAGCGAGGUUGAAGGCUUGAAGUAUAUAUCUGAGCUUCAAUGAAGAAGGGGACGGAUUGCACAGUGGCUAGCUGUGCUCCUCGAAGAAAAAGAUUUAUAAAUUUUGCAUGUAUAUGUGCAUGUGUGCGCGUUGAAUGGAAAUGGCAAAGCUAGCUAGGACAUCGAGAUUAAUGUCCGGUCUGCUGCUCUUUAAUCUUGUGUACCAAGUCCAGCUUUUGAUCUAUAUGGAUCGAAUUAUAUAAAUGCCUCAUGAAUGUUCCUCUCAUGAGUUGAAAUAUUGUGUAUGAACUAUUAA